GCGGAUGGGGUCAGAGGCGGGCUGCACGUUGACAGCUGGAGCAGAAAGAAACACAUCGCAGUCAAGCUGACAGAAGCGAUUGUAUUGAGUGCAAGACAUGUUCACGAAAGGGAAAGGGACCGCGGUGCCAUCGGACGGGCAAGCGCGAGAAAAGUUGGCAUUGUACGUCUAUGAAUACUUGUUACAUGUGGGAGCACAGAAAUCCGCACAGACGUUUUUAUCAGAGAUAAGAUGGGAGAAGAACAUAACCCUUGGGGAACCACCAGGUUUUCUGCACUCUUGGUGGUGUGUGUUUUGGGACCUGUACUGUGCGGCACCUGAAAGAAGGGAAACAUGUGAUCACUCCAGUGAAGCAAAGGCCUUUCAUGACUAUAGCGCCGCCGCAGCCCCGAGUCCAGUCCUAGGCAACAUGCCCCCUGGGGACGGCAUGCCAGGUGGCCCCAUGUCCCCCGGAUUCUUUCAGGGAGUGCCUGGUUCCCAACCCUCCCCUCUUGCUCAGCUACCUCCUAACUCUAACAUUAUGGCCAUGCAUGGACAGCCCUUUAUGUCUCCGCGCUAUGCUGGAGGACCUAGGCCAACCAUCAGAAUGGGUAACCCGGCUCCUGGUGGGCAACCUUUACCUCCAAAUAUGAUGGACUCUACACGACCAACAAGCCAUCCAAACCUAGGUCCUAUGCAGAGAAUGCAAGCUCCUCGAGGAAUGGGCCCUAUGGGACCAGGACUACAGUCUGAUCCUUGGUUAUCAUUACAGAGCUAUGGCGGAGGAAUGAGACCUCCAAACUCCAUGGGCCCGGGAAUGCCAGGAGUGCACAUGGGACCAGGAGCAGGUAGACCAUGGCCUAAUUCUAAUAAUGGAAACACAAUCCUAUACUCCUCCUCAUCCCCAGGGAUGUAUGUGGGCCCUCCAGGAGGAGCAGGAGGAGGUGGCUGUCCUCCAGGAACGCCAAUCAUGCCAAGUCCAGCAGAUUCCACCAACUCAGGUGAAAACCUCUAUACAUUGAUGAACUCAGUACCACCAGGAGGGAACCGAUCUAGUUUUCCUAUGGGCCCAGGGUCAGAUGGCCCAAUGGGAGGAUUGGAGCCUCAUCACAUGAAUGGCUCAUUAGGCGCGGGUGACAUUGAUGGACUCCCAAAGAAUUCCCCUAAUAAUCUGAGUUGUAUGAGUAACCCGUCAGGAACUCCAAGAGAUGACAGUGAACUAAGUGGAAGCUUCCUCCACUCUUUCCAAAAUGAAAAUUACUCACCGACAAUGACAAUGAGUGUGUGAUGAAGGAUAUCUCCAAGACACAAAAUGCAGGUGUCACAAAGAACAGGGACCAACCCCACCAAUUACCAGAGUGAUGUCUAAGUUUAGUCUCACCUAUCCAUGAGAACCAAAUCUUACACCAGCUCUGGUUGAGGUGGAUGCUCUUCAUUUCAACAAGGCCAACAUCAGUGACUAAGAACUGAAGGAUGUGCUCAGCUUACAGGAAGGACCUGUUUGAGUUGGGAGCACCCUUGUUAUGUUACAGCCAUUUGAUUAAUUAAUUGUAAUUUUAUUUAAAAUAGCACAUUAAAGAUAACUUUGCCCUGGUGCCAGCUCCUUAAGGAAGCCCUCUUUUUUUGGAGUGGAUCUCAAACAUACAAGACCAUGACAACAUCUACACUGUGGAUUUAUUGUGAAAUAUUUAUUACAUGGCUUCUUGGAGAGAACAUGCACCAUUUCUGUUUAACAUUCCAUUGGACUUUUUGAGGUCUAGUCUCCGAUCUCCAAACACUGUAAUGGCUUCCUCGAAAGUGAGUACAGUGAAAUGGCUUUGACAGUAGCCGAUUUGAAGGUAUGGACCAGUGGAACUGCUGAAAGAAUGGCAAAAAAAAAACUGCUGUCCUACUAUCACCUACUUGGAAAGAAAAUUGACUUUGGGAUACAUAAAUCUAUUUUAUUUUCCUUUACUGUCUCAUGCCAUGUUUUUCCAAGGUUUGGUUAUAUAUUUAACACUGAAUUUAACUGCUAAAGCCUUUCUAAUGUGUUGACAGGUUGGACAUUUGGAGAAGUCUGUCAUUUAUAACAUGAUCGACUUUUUCAUGGGAACCUCAGAUGACUUUAUUAAAGUGAUAGAUUACAAACAAAAAUGACAGUCAGAUUGAAGUGAAUAAAGGGACGGAUUUGCUGUAUUUACUUCCACUGGACCUAUAAUCUAUCAGGCUGACUUUUCACUACUUGAUUCUUGUUCUUUGCAAUCAUUGUUUCUUAAUUAUGCUCCUGUGUGUGUGCUCCUUUCACAUAACUGUGGAUGUUUUGUAUUUUGCUCAUUGGCUUUUAAUGUUUUUGUGUUAUUGUAGUUUUAUGUUUUCCAUUUGCUCUUAGUCACAUUUGAAGACUUUCUGCUUAAAAUUAUUUAGUUUAGUCUAUUUUUAUAUGUUUUUUUUUUGCUAGUCAGUCACAGUACAGCCACACUUGACCUGUUACAUUUGUACUAUGUUAACCAUUUAAUUGUGUAUAUAGUUUAUGUUCUUUGGAAGACAAAGUAAAAGGAUUUGUGUACUUUUUAUGAUUAAAUUAUUUUUCUGUUUAUACCAAUCUGUUUUAAAAUACCACUCUUUUUUCUGUUUCAUAU